AUGAUAAUCAGGGAAGAUAGCCCUCUUUCGUUCCAUGUAGUACCAGGAUUCCCGGAGAUUCGCUGUCUAUGUUGGAGACUUCGGGACGCCGGGUUGAGGUGUCCAUUGAGAAAUAAUUGCUUCGGGGAACUACGUACGCUCGUUCGCCAUGCGCACCGGAGCCUUCUUUCGCAUGACCAGCACACGUUCUCUCACGAGCCUACAGACUCUCAUUUCACAAGCCAACCUGAAACUCACCUCUAG